UCCAGAUAUAGAUCCUUAAGAAAAACAUGAAGCUAAAGAAAAACUAACAUGGCUUUAAGAAUUAUGGUAUUCACAUUCCUCUGUAUUUGGUCCAUAUCGGCUCAAAUUGUGCGUAAGUCGAUAGUACCCCGCGAAAUCGAGAGUGGAGAACCGGAGACAAUCUUGUGUGACGCCGAUGUCGCGGGUGCUCCAGAGGUUGUGAGGGGAGUCAGACAGCUCAAAGUGUCGUUCAACAGGUACCGUUUCCGUGCCACAUACGUGCUGGAUGAAGGCAUUACGGAAGAGGUGUUACGAAGCCACUGGACGUUGAAGUAUUACGUAUCGGAUGUCAGAAACGUCUGGGGCGAUAUAAAAAGGAACGACAUCAGACUGGAGAUUCUGAUUUCAGAGGUUAAACCCAUUGAUACGGGAGAGUGGUGUUGCGAGGUGGUGUACUUUUAUAAUACCGAUAAACCGGUGUCGUCGACACGAUGUCAGGCAGUGAUGGUUUCAUGUCGAGCUAUCGUUCAUCCUACUCAGGCCACAGUGCCAGAUCCCGUACUGAUAACGUGUGAUGCAGAUCUUGCUGGGGUGCCUUACACGGCAACAGAGCUGGAUUACAUGAUGUUGGACUGGAAGAUUGGAAAAGAAUACGACCCCGAUAAAAUUGUGUUGUAUGAAAUCGCACAUAAUAUGUUGAAUAGAUCAAAAAUCUACAUCAAUCUCCAAAAACCCCGCGGCAAGUCUCACUGGGAGUUCUUCAAUGAGGGAGCGAUAAUGAAGCCAAACCAGAGAAUCGAGAAGAGCCCUCUAAAGUUUGGAAUCAAAAUCACGUCCAGCAAAGUCCACGAUACUGGCGUCUACUGCUGUGGCGGUAAUUAUUUUGACACGGCGAAUGUCAGACGCUGGUCGCACAGGUGCCAGAAUUUAUCAGUAUCAUCUUUAUCGAUCGCACCGAAGAAAGUAGCUGAAGGACAAGAAUUCCGGGUAUAUUGCAACGCCGACCUAGCCGGGGUCCCUGCUGAUGUUAUGGGAAUGGACAGACUGGAAAUAUUUUGGGAAGAUUCCAUCCACCCUAUGUCGCUCUACUCUUAUUCCAUCUCUCACUCUCCUGAAGAGUUCGCUUUUAUUGACCAAAAUUUAAAAUCAAAAUGGCAGUUUUCGAGUCAAGGGACGAAGCCCUUAAAUCAACACGGCUGGUUGAACGUAGAUAAAUUCAGGGUAGAAUUACAUGUACCAAGCGCGGGAGUCUACGAUGCUGGUUUGUUUUGUUGUGAGGGGGCCUACUAUGAUCUGACCAGGAAACUGCAAGUCUCAACGCGGUGUCAGAACAUGACAGUUAUUACCAAUGUCUUCGGCGAUGCUGAUAUUGGGAACUCAAGAAACGGAAGUGGCUUUAUUUGUACGGCCGACGUUCUUCUGUUGGGGUUAAUUGCAUUCAUCAUUAAGUCGUGGUCUACUUAACCCCUCCUGCGUCACCUGCUAAGUAACGCAGAAUAUUAACUAAGUGAAUCAGUGCCAACUGUAUUUUGCAAAAAGGUUAUCAUUCUUGUAGUGUAACAUCUAAGAUGAAAAUAUCAAUAUUAUUUGCUAGUUCAUUAACAAUAAAACAAAUAAAAGAUUAUACAUUUGUAUAAUUCCAAAGUAUUACUUUUAACAUCUCUUAAUUGUCUGAACUUUAACUGGAAAUAAAUACGAA